AUGAAGUUCUUAACCCUUCUGAGUCUUCUCCCUCUAGCCUCUGCCGCAACUACAUUGAUCCCCUCUACGUGCUUCAAUUCAUACUCUUCUCUGGAAGAAUACUUUGCCUACCUGUACCCCUGGGGCUCAGAUCAUAAUGGCUCCGCUCGUAUGGUCGGCAGCUCAACCGACCACGAGUAUAUUUCCGUCAGCUCAGGCACCCUGACUGUGGUUGCCAAACCAGUUAGCGGCCAGCCGCCUACCAAGUCAGGUAGAAAGAUAAACUAUCUAUCCGGUGCGGUGCAUUCAGCAAGGACAUUCGCCGUCAAAGCCGGAUCAGGCUUCGACAUCCAGGCUGAGUUCCAGGCUCCAACUGCUAGAGGCACCUGGCCUGCGUUCUGGCUCAACGGAGCGAAUACGUGGCCACCUGAGAUCGAUCUUGCCGAAUGGAAGGGAACCGGGGAUAUCAGUUUCAAUACCUUCAAUACGUCGUCUGAAGUCAAAGCUUUGGAUGUUAACUACCCCUCCCCCGGCAACUUUCACAAGAUCAAGACGGAAAUUCGUGAUGUCGAUGGGAAGAACAUCUCCGUCAAGUUCUACCUUGACGGCAAGCUCAUCACGACCCAGUAUGGGAGGGAUUAUAUUGGCAAGCCACUGCACUUAAUCAUCAAUCUACAAAUGGAGGGAUCCUCGGGCUCUCCUGGUCCAACAACUGAUACCUACUACCGUAUUCGCAAUCUAUCUUUCGAAUGCUCGAUGACUAAUCUGCAAAACACCACUAAAGCUCACGGACACCACUUUCUCCACACUCCCACCAAUUGGAGCCCAACCACCAUCCCUCUACCAUCCAAGAUGUCAGAGUCCGAGAACUCCGGCUCGCCAUCUCAAAAUGGCUCCAAGUCAUACAACAGCGGCCACAUCCCGAUACCCGGGUAUCCCCUCGUGCUCAAGACCGAAUACCUUUCCCGCCCCGACUUAUUCACGCUGUACUUCGGCUUCGUCGGCCAACGCAACUGGCUGCACAAGAACAGCGCACACAUCCGCGACCGCAUCGAAUCCUGCAAAGUCAUGAUCAACCGGCUCCCGACGCAAGACGAGCUCGACGCCUUCGUCUACCACGGCAGCAAAUACAUCUACCACCAGCGCCUCGGCGCGCCCUACUCCGGCGCCAUCGGCACGGCAUACGUGUACUGGCGUGUACGCAACUCAGGUGUCGUCGCGCACCUUGCCCCUGGCUUGAAACCGGGGCAGAAGCCGACGCCGGCGCAGGUGCUGGCGGCUGUGAGGCUGUACUCGACGAUCGAGCCGGCGAAUUUCAGACAGUUGAUGAUUUGGGGAUCGUUUCGGUGGUUCUUCUGGGUGGCGGCGGGUUCGGUGAUGACGAGUGUGUGGGGGAUGUUUCACGAUCUGAAGGAGACGAUGGGCGAUCCAAGGCUGAAGCAGUUUUUUGCGGAGAUGAAAGACAAGGAUCCCGAGGAGGUGCGCAGGCGGAGGGUCCAGAGGGUUGCGGAGAGGACUAAAGCGGCCAAGGAGGCGGCGGAGCGGCGCGCGCAGGGCUUACCGCCUGUGGAGGCGGGGAUGGGUCAGGGUGCCAGUGCGGGAGGGGGAUACACUGAGAGCCAAGAGUAUAGCCAGGGUGCGGGAGCGUAUGGGUCUUUGGAUUCUUACUCGUCUUCCUCUGCGCGGGAGUCAGCUCAGUCAGCGUCGUUGGAUAGGCCUGCUGAUCUGCCAGAUCGGAAUCUGGGGCGCUUGUACGGUGAUUCGUCUUCGACGGAGUCGAUGCGUGGUGCUACCACUGUUGAUCAGAACAAGGCCACGGACUUCUUCGAAAGCGACGAUGCAAGCCCCGUUGCGACGGAGUAUCGAUCUGGAGGUGGCUCGCAGGGAAGCGCCUGGGACCGGAUCAGACAGCAGGCCAGCUCCAGCUCCGGCUCCCAGGGCGGACAGGAUAGCGGGCUAGGUCCGGCGUGGACUCGGUCCGUCAGUGAGAGGCAACAGCGCGAACAGGAUAGUGGUCCAGGCUCAGCAUGGAGUGGGAGUUCGUCAACGCCAGACAGUGAGAGGCGACAGCGCGAACAGGCUCAGGCUGAAUUUGACCGCUUGCUAGAGGCUGAGAGAAACAUGGCCGGUGACUCUGAGGGGGGUGAGAAGAAGGGAUGGGGAAGACGGAACUGAAUCUCCCGCAACGCAUUAUGAGCUUAACAUGUACCAUAUCACUCCACAUUAGCAGAGUUACAUUUUACUACUCUUUUCCUG